AUGGCACGAGGGCCCGGAAAGGCCCGCAACUUCGACUACUCCAAUGUGGGAACCAAGGGAAGACGCACUGGUAUCUCUCUAAAGGAAGGUCGACGCGACGAACAUGGAAUGGAAGAAGUAGACGGUCUCUUCUCAUCUCCUGAAAAGUCGCCUGUGGAGUUGAAUGGUUUUGAAGAUGUGGAAAAUGACUCUUCGGUUGGAUCCGAGGGCAAUGCGCCAGAUCCCAUGGACUUCCUCAAGGGCACAAAUGGCUCACGCACCUCUUUUCUCCCCCCGCCUGCCGCGCGGUCGCCGAUGAAGACUGGCCUCACUGGGUCUCCACGGAGGACAUCAGCGUUUCAAUCCACCCCGGACCCGCAGGACAUUGAGUCGUCUAGUCCGUCCGACGGCAAAAGCUUUGCGGGCGCACAGGGGGAAUCGCGUCAAGACCCAUCUCCUCUUUCCACUCGCUCGGUGAAUGUUGGACGCUCGAACCAUAGGAAUGGCACGCGGCAAACCCCUUCGACAAAGGCACAGCUAGCAGCAGAAUUUGAGCCCGCAAUCAUACAUGACUUUUCCGACUUUUCCGAUGGGGACGAGAAUGCGAAUGCAUUCGCCGCAGUACCACAAGAAGAUUUCGGCGACAGUCUGGAUGUUGAUUCUGAUUCGGUUGCUGCAGAUGAGCUACCCGACUCUCCCGGGCAAGACCAACGCGAUCAUGACGAUAAUUCAUCUACGGCUAACACGACUCCACCUCGGGAAGAGCCUGCCGUGGCCUCCAAGUCGACAAAAAGAGCCGCGCCAAAGACUGCCAAGGCAGACAAGAGUCAGGCGAAACCCCCUGCGCCGCACGGACGUCCAAAGUCUCAGCGCCGUGACGUCGAAAACGAUGCCGACCCUAGACCAACCAAAAAGCGGAACGCUCCCAAAGCAUCUCCACCGGUGCGUGAACCUUUGGAAUCAGAAUUAAGUCGAGUAGUUGAGAAUUACGCCAACCGCACAGGUCCUUUGAAAGGCCGAAGUUUGUAUAUCCUCAAACGUGAAAAUCCCACCGAUAACAGUGCGACUCACACUCGCUCUGGGCGUGUUUCGGUCCGGCCGCUAGCAUACUGGCGCAAUGAACGGUGCAUCUUUGGUGAUGGGGAGGCAGCCGAGGGACAUCGAUUUCCUCUUUCAACCAUCAAAGAGGUCAUUCGCACCGAGGAGCAAGAACCUGAAAAGAGGAAGAAGAAGGGGAAACGCUCAACGUCCCACAAGUCCAAGCCUAAGACACAAAAGGAUGACUCUUCAGACGAGGAUGAAGAUGUUGAUCUCUGGGAAAAGGAAGGCGGUGUUCUUCAUGGCUACACCCUCAAAUGGGAUGGAAAAACACAGACCAGUUCGAAGGAGGAGGAAGUUCUAGACAUUGCAUAUGCUCCCUCUGGAAUCGAAACCAGAGAAGUCAAAGACUCAACAUUCCGAUUUGCGAAGCUGCUUAGCUCGUCGUUCAUCGGGUCUGGGGUUGUGGAGCUCCCGCCUGAUGGAGUCAAGAAACCUAAGAACUCGAAGAAAAUGCACAUGGUCUUUUAUGUCUGCCACGGGCGUGUUCAAGUGGAUAUCUCAGGUGUCCAGUUUAGUGCUGGAAAAGGUUGUGUUUUCCAAGUUCCUCGUGGUAACUAUUAUAGCUUUGCAAACACCCAUCAAAAAGAGGCUCGACUUUUCUUCACGCAAGGUUGUGUCCCCGAUGAGAACGAGAACGAAGACGACACACCGCAGAUGUCUCAAGAUGCCGGCCCUGAGAGCGAAUUUGAAGCCGACACUCCCACCGCCCCUGUGCCUGUCCCUGCUAAGAAAUCCAAAGGCCGCCCCAAGGGCAAGCAGAAGAAGACAGGAAAAUGA